AUGAGCAUCAAUGAGCAGACACCGCCUCCAACACUCGUCACUCUUGUCAUCUCACACUCUCGCACCAUGUCGCUGUCGCCGGAUUUCGUGCGCUUCGAGGCGCAGAGCCGCCGCUCAACUGUGUUCAGUUCUAAAGGCAUCGUAGCCUGCUCUCAGCCCCUCGCCGCCAGCGCGGGGAUGACCAUUCUUCGAGCUGGCGGAAACGCCGCCGACGCGGCCGUAGCGAUGGCUGCCGCGCUCAAUGUCACCGAGCCAGUCAACACAGGUAUCGGCGGCGACCUCUUCGCGCUGUUCUGGGACGCCAAGGCGCGGCGUGUGCGGGCGGUGAACGGAUCAGGACGGAGUCCGCGAGCGCUUUCUCUCGAGAAAGCGGCCGAGCUCGGCAUCUCGGGCCAGCGCAUCCCGUACGACAACGCCAAUGCCGUGACCGUGCCCGGUGCCGCGGCCGGCCUCGUGGACAUCCACGCGCGCUUUGGCGGCGGCAAGCUGUCGCUUUCCGAGGUGCUGGCGCCCGCGAUUGCGCUUGCCGAGGACGGCUUCCCCGUCCACCAGAUGUGCUCGUACGAGUGGGUCGACUUCGAGCCGCGUCUGCAACAGGUCGCGGCCGAAUCGCAGAGCGGGGGGUCAUACCCCUUCUUGAUCAACGGCAGGGCGCCGCGCCCAGGGCAGUUCUUCUCGAACCCCGACCUUGGGAAGACGCUGCGCCGGCUCGGGAAGGAGGGAAAGGACGCGUUCUACAAGGGCGAAGUGGCGCAGAAGAUCGUGGACGCCAUCACUUCCCGCGGCGGCGUCAUGACUCUCGACGACCUCGCGGCGCACGCGACCGACUUCGUCGAACCCAUCGCGUAUACGUACGGCGAGAAGGAGCAGCUCACGGUGCACGAGUGCCCGCCGAACGGGAGCGGGCUGGCAGCGCUCAUCGCGCUCGGCAUUAUCGACACGCUGCGCAUCGACGGCGUCGUUGAUUUCGACAAGAUGGAGGAGGGGAGCGUCGAGUGGUUCCACACACUUAUCGAGGCUCUCCGACUCGCUUUUGCCGACGUGCAUGCUCACCUCGGCGACCCAAACUUUGUCAAUGUGCCCGUGAAGCAGAUCUUGUCGCGGGAUUAUCUCCGCGAGCGGGCACGGCUGUUCAACCCCCAUGGCACGGCCAAGGUCAGCGCCGGGGCGCCGCCAUCUAGCGACACGGUGUAUCUCACUGCGGCGGACUCGGAGGGCAACGCCAUGUCAUUCAUCAUGAGCAACUACCUCGCGUUCGGCACGGCGAUCGUGCCCAACGGCUGUGGCUUCACGCUCCAAUCACGCGGCUCGGCGUUCAGCCUAGACCCCUCGUCUCCCAACCGGCUCGAGGGCGGCAAGCGCCCGUUCCACACCAUUAUCCCGGCCAUGGUGACGCGCGGCGAUGAGCUCUUCAUGUCGUUUGGCGUCAUGGGCGGCGCCAUGCAGCCGCAAGGGCAGGUGCAGGUUCUCCUGAAUCUGCUGCAUAACGGGCGGCAGCCGCAGCUGGCGCUUGACGCCAAGCGGUUCCUCGUGGGCGGCACGGGGCUGUGGCAGUCCACGGAGCCGUACUACAACACGUGUGUGGCGAUCGAGGACGGCGUGCCCGAGGAGGUGGUACAGGGCCUCGAGCGCAUCGGACACCAGAUCCAGCGCGUCAAGGGCUCAGACCAGAUCUUCUUCGGCAAGGGCCAGGUCAUUCUGCGCACCGUCGACGAGCGGACGGGCAAGACGGUGUGGGCGGCCGGGAGCGACUACCGUGGCGAUGGGUGUGCAAUCGCCCAGUUUUAGAGUGUCCGUUUGAGAGGAAAUGGAAUGCAGACUGUGCGAAGAGCGUGUGUGACGGGAUGGAAG